CGCUAGAACUGCUCUCUGACUGACUCCAGCUACAGUUGGGCGUGACGAGAAAUUCCAGGAAGAGGAGAGCGAGAGGAAGAAGGGAGGGGGGGGGAUGGGGAGAGUGUGCGUCGUGUGCGGCUCUGGCCCGACGAGUCGGAGGUGCAGCGGAUGCCACACGACUUGUUACUGUUCACCCGAUUGUCAACGAAGUCAUUGGCGGGAGCACAAGUCCACAUGCAGCAGGGAGAAGAAGGAAGAGGGAGCGAGGAGCGGUAAUAAGCGCGUAGGGGAGGAGCGGGGGGAGGAGGAGCACAGCCGAGAGGGGGAGGGAGUUAAGGAGGAGAAAAGCCGAGAGAGGGGGGGAGGUGAGAAGGAGGAGGGGAAGGGGAAAGCUAUCGCGAUAGGAAGCAAGGAGGAGAAAGAAGCAAAGGGCAUGAGAGAGAAGAGGACGAUCCACGUGGCAGGCUCAGAGGAAGCCAACUUGAAGAAGAGAGAAGAGGAGAGAAUGGAGGAGGCCGCCAAGCAGGGCAAGAUGGACGAUGCAAGAAAGAACACUUCGAUCCUUCACCAUACCUGCGGAAACAAGCCCAUCAAGGUGGUAGGUAAGGCUAAGGAGCAAGAGCACAAGCUUGCGCAGGAGGAGGAGGAGGAGGAGGAGGAGGAGGAGGAGGAGGAGGAGGAAACGUCAAUCAAGGUUGUAGAUAAGACUACUAAGGAUCACGAGGGUAAGGUUGAGGAGGAGAGAGAGGAGGAGGUGGUGGAAAAGAAUGAGAGGGUGGAGGGAAGAGAAGAGGAGGAGAAGGAGAAGGAGAAGGAGAAGGAGAAGGUGAAAGAGGACAAUGUACCAAGGAGGAAGAUCCGGGUGGUUGUGGUGAAUGGCUCCAUAGCGCACGAGGAAGAUCUGGUUGACCAAGACUUGACCCCAUGGACACCGCCUCGUGCGCCGGAAGAUGAUUUCGUGAUUCGAUCUGGCGCCGAUUGGGUAAGGGUUUACAAGCAGACAUUUGAAGAGGCCCCUCCCAUUCCCAGUCCCAACGAUGGCUGGGAAAGGUGUGAGGUGCCAAUGAUGCUGGGAGUACCUCUGGUCAUGAAGUGCAUUCGUCCUUAUCCCAAGGGAUGCCGACCGACGAAGCAGAUCGCGGUUUUCAUGAUGGUAGUUGUGAAGACCGGCUUUGCACCGCAUCGUUGGGCGUUGGGGCCGAACAGAGCACCUGGAAUGAUCGCGCUGGCCAGGACCGAUGGGCACCCCUUCACCGUUGAUCUGUUCUACCAUCUCUAUGGUUACAUCCACAAGUUGAUGGAUUACUACCCGGAGAAUGCUGCCAGAGUCCCCAGGAAGCUAACCCCGGCGGCUUUCCAGCGAUUCAUCAGGUCGAGGGAGGAGGAGAGAGCGCAAUCUCCUGGCAAGUUCUCGCAAGAUCUCAUGGUAAGAUGCGGCAUGAUCUUGUGGCAAGAUCUCGUGGCAAGAUCUCGUGGCAAGAUCUCGUCGCAAGAUCUUGUGGCAAGAUCUAGCAGGAGACUGACAAGAUCUGACAGGGAUCUGACAAGAUCUGACGAGGAGCUGACAAGAUCUGGCAAGGAGCUGACAAGAUCUGACAAGAAACUGACGAGAUCCGACAAGGAGCUGACAAGAUCUGGCAAGGAGCUGACAAGAUCUGACAAGAAACUGACGAGAUCUGACAAGAUCUGACAAGAUUGAUAAGAUCUGGCGAGAAACUGCCAAGGGAGACGUGCCGUGUAUGAUGAUGUUUAUAUUGUAAUACAUUCUGAAGUGCGUGGUUCGAAAAGCAAGCACUACCAUCGU